UGCCGCCCGCGCCCAGUUUCUGCGUUUUCUCUAAGCAGGAGCGGCGGUAGAUUUUACUAAUUGAAAGGAAUUGGAUGUACUUCUAUUAUAUUUUGUAAAUAUUUACCAAAAAAAGUUUCUGUUCAUAAUUAAAGAAGUUGUCUUCGUGGAAUGGCUGUUGGAUUUUUACUCGUAUUCUCCGCAGUAUUAUAUUUUUCUUGGUCUAUUAAAGUGGACAUCCCUGCAGCUUCCUAUGAUGUGGCUAGAGGAGACAAUAUAACAAUACCUUGUACUUUCCAAUCAGCUUUACCUGUGGUGACUACAGCCACUGUUGAGUGGUCACGUAUUUCGAAAGAUGGCACUAAGGCACUCAUUUUAAUGUACUACUGGCCAGACAAAGAUACUGACAUAGCAGAUGAGUAUCAAAAUCGAGCUGUCUUCGCAGGAGACAUGUCUAGGAGUAUUGCAUCAGUUAACAUCAGUGGAAUAUCAAUGGCUGAUAAUGGCACUAUUGAGUGCAAUGUUAAUAUAAAAAAAGAUGUGAGUGGGAAAAUCCAGGACAUUACAAGUUUAGUUGUAUUAGUUGCUCCUUCAACCCCAGUCUGUUCACUGGAAGGAAAGCCUGAGUAUGGGCAAGACAUCCGUUUGUUGUGCAAAUCUGCAGAGGGAUCUCCAGAACCAACUUAUACCUGGCAGUCUUAUAGUGCUGAAAACAAGAUGAGAAAUUUGCCCCCUAAAACUACACAAGAUACAGGAACACUGACCCUUGUGAAUGUUUCCAUGGAUACAUCUGGAUUUUUUGUGUGCACAUCAGCAAAUAAAAUUCGAUCUGCUAUGUGUAAUAUGACAGUUGCGAUAUACCCACCUUCCAUGAACAUUGCAUUUACUGCAGGAAUGAUUGCCUUAGCCGUGGGUGGAUUAAUUAUCAUUGGAAUUAUAGCUUACUGCUGCUGUUGCCGUGACAAAGGCCAGGAUGAAGAAUAUGAAAUGGAAUACCCAGAUGAAAAUGUUGAAGAGAAGCUCAGAACAGAACAUGGUGAAACAGCCCAUGAUGAUCAACCCGAUGAAGAACAUGAGCGUUCUCACCCACCUAUGUUGCCUCCAAAUAAACCCAAGGGCACAGUUUAUUAGGAAUUUCUGAUCUCGUUGGAGUACUCAAAAAAA